ACGCGACAAGCCAAUAUGUCAAUACUCUCGCGAAAAUCUUCAUCCUCCAGGCAACAAUCCGGGUCAAUAAUUCUGCGAAACUGCGAAAAAAAACUCGUGGCUCCGCAGCCGAGGAGUAGUUAAGCGGUCACGCACGCUAGACUACCGACACAAAGCCGUCGACGCCUGAUGGUCAACGGCGGAAUCACGCGCAGGUCCUUCAGCGGCGCGGCGCCGCCGCCGCCGCCGGGCCGGCCCGCGGACGCGACGGCGUCGUUCGUCGGCGAGAUGCUCGGCGCCGAGCGCAAGAUCGAGGAGGACGCGGGUAAGCUCGUGCGCGCGCUCGAGGCCAUCGAGCGCGACCCCAAGUCGGCCGUCGCGUACUACCACCUGGGCAUCCUGCUGGAGGAGAUCCGCGGCGACGAGGCCGGCGCCGAGACGGCGUACCGCAAGGCCUGCGAACUGGACCCUCAGUACGCGGACGCGUUCAUCAACCUCGGCAACCUGCUCAAGGGCGACGGCAUCCUGAAGGGCUCCGAGGACGUGCUCCAGGGCGUCGACCGCGGCCGGCCGGAGUGA